AUGCCAUUUAGGAGUGCCUGCCCUACGGAUGUUUUGGAAAUGAUACCUUGGGACGGAUGUAAAGCUAAGCAAAUUGCCUCUGCUCCGAGAACCGAGGACUGUGUAGGUUGUAAGAGAUGUGAAAUUUUGACUAAUAUAAAGUUUCCUGUCUAUAGAUGA